GCUUACACUCCCAAAGAAAGCAAUCGGUGAAAGAGAGUUUUACGAAAUUCCACCAUGGACAUCACAGCAAGCGUAAGAUCUGCURAAGGCUCUUCGGCAAGCAAUCCCAUUUGUGUCGACGAUUAUCUCUCGGAUAUUGUUACAGAAGCAGAAUCUGCAUCUUCGAGCCAUCCUAUUUGCGUUGACGAUUUUCUUUCAGACACGGAAUCAGAAACCAAAACAGAACUUGCAUCGUCGAGUCAUCCUAUUUGCGUCGAUGAUUACCUGUCAGAAACGGAAUCAGAAACCAAAAUAGAACUUGUCGAUCUCCAAGAGUGCAAUAAUUCAUCAUCACUGCCUAGGGAUGAUUACUCGUACUACUCUGAGGUAACUUAUGCUGAAACUGUAUCUGAAAGAACUGAAGUUACAGUAACGGAAAAAGAGAGURAAGUCCACGAUGCCGAGCAGAUUCUAAAUGAUAGAAACGAUUUACCAGAUAGUGGAGAYAACGAAAAGGACAAGAACGGGAGUGAUGAUGGUDGAAGUAACGACAGCGUUGUAUCCGAAGCAGAAAAUGGCGAAUCCACUCACACGAGAAAACGACGUAAUGUUUCUUUCGCAGGAGCAGGCAGCGAAGAACAAGAGUGGACCUACGAAGAACAUAUUUUGAGAAGUAUGGAUGAAGAGAGUCGUAGAGAGAAUCGAAGAAAACAGAGAUGCGAAAGGGCGAAACGUCAACGUAUGAGCACGCUAAUGUGGUUUGCUGUUGCCUUACUACUAUUGGAGGUCGCGGCCGCAACAAUUGCUAUCAUGAACCACAAAGAAUUGAUAGAGUGCUGCGGGAGGUCCAUCUUCUCCGAAGACGAAAGUACCGCGGAACGAUGGAAUACAAUUCUUUAUUAUAUCGGUGUAUGCUACCUUCUUAUUAUCAUACUGGUCGAAUUCCCUACUCUCAUCAUUGCGCAAGAACCACUGUUCGUAUUCAAUCCGAUGGUCGGAUAUUUACUAGUGAUGCAAAUGAUGUACGCAACCGAUCCCCGAAAUGCUUAUAUCAUAUUCGGUCUGGAGGUGUGCGCUAUGAUUGGUCAAUCGACGGUUCUGGGGGCGAUGCAUCGAACCCCGGAAAUGUGCRUUCAUUCCAUUUUGAACUACACACUCGCUGGUAUCACAAUAUAUUUGCUUCUCAGACUCACGGGGCAAGGUGGUUAUUGCAUCGUUAACGAUCGGAUCCAAUCCAUCUUUAGCGAAAUGACUUGCAAUGUCAGUUGCAYCGAUGGGGAAUCCUGCUUUCAGUGCUUGGAGGAUGGAAACGAAGAUAUAUCAAUCUCAACACAGUGCUUCAUCCACUUUUAAGAAAGCCUGAACGAGCCCUUGUUACAAAAUAAAGCAGUUAAGUUACUUUGAAUGAACAUUGCCAAUUAAGAAUAAWWCAGCGAGGGAUAGAGAAGGAUGGCGUUGCUGCUUGAUUGCACGGUUUCCAUACGCUAGUUAGCCCUUUCGAAAGAGUCAGGAGACAUAUAAAAAUGAAAUGUUCGACCCUUUCAUCUUUUUUGCCACCCUGUUCUGAUWCAUGUUGUUCAUAACWAAUCAUUUUUGCGUUCAUCUCCACAAAUUUUUAGGUUUCGGAGCCUUUAUUUUGAUCUUAUGCAUACUUUACUGGGGUUAAUCAAUGGUGCGUAGUAUAGUUGGACAGCAAUGUUCCAGCUACCACCUGUUCAUUUAUCAACUCAGAAUUGCUCGAAGACAAAUUUAAUUUGACCUCUCACUGAAAGAGUAAAUAGGCUGGAUGUUCGGAAUUAUUGUUUCUGRGCUUACAUAUAUCCAUGCGUGUAAGCAUGGAAAAGAAUUGAUGAAUUGGCUGAGAUGUGGAACCGAUCGCAGUAAAACCGAUGAUGCAUUGUUAGUAAUGCUGGAAAUCUAAAUUUCAUAUCAGAUGAAAUCACCUGACAAUAAGAAAAUUAGUGAAUAUUAUAUCUUUCAAGUGUAUUAGAAUUUGAAUGAUUAUAAUCAAGCUGGUACUCAAACCCUUAAGGCUAUGUUAAAGAGCGAAUACUGAACUUCUAAUCACAAUGUCACAGGACAGGAUAAUUGCAAGCUAAGUUGCAGUAGCCGGUGUUCCGUAAAUGUUCGAAGCAAGGCUUUCGCCGUCACGACUCUUCCUCACGGUGAAUACACCACGAAGGUAUUUAGARAAKGGAGGUAAGGUCGGCGAAGGUGGAGACAGCAGACUGAGCGGCGGCAGUGCAUGCAGCUUSGUUCUUCUGGGUAGCGGCAAGGGAGGUGUCUUCGAUGGCCUUGUAGAAUUUCUUGGCCGCGGCCUUCUGUUCCUUGGUGGUGGCAAGGUAGSUGAUGGCUCCACGGGUCUCGUACAUGUAUCGGCGCAUUUCUUCUUGGACGUUGAACCAUUSCUUCUUGGCACUGUAUCCUUCCAAUUUGCYUAGACGCUUGGAGGUCUCAGCAAGGACGGCCUUCUUCUUGGCGACGUAUUCGGWGGCACCAGSCUUGUAGAGGGAGUYCKCACCGGCCUCUCCGUAGACAGAGUAAGGAGAGUAAGUGGCGGACGACUGAUCCGAACCGUAAGCGGCACCCUCAGAGUAAGAGGUUCCGUCUCCAAGAASACCGAAGACAGAGAAUCGAGGGGAUUCUCCGGCAGCGGCGUUGGCGGCAGCWGGGAYCAAGGCGGCUC